AUGGAAGUGAUUCCAAACUGGAAUUGCAAGGGCGCCGACGCGUUCUGCAGCCGGGUCGGCCCGUUCGAGGCCAGCCGCCCCGCGACGAGAGCUAUGCGGGACAUGGCGUUCACCCGUUCCGGCAUCACGGUGCAGGGUCUCCAGUGCAAGCCGGCAUCCAGCAUCGACGGCGCGGCGGCGGCGCGGCUGGCGGCCGUGUUCCGCUACGUGCCCCCGUGGGAGGACCAGCCCACGGCGGCGAGACGGACCGGUCUGAGCGCCAUGACCCUGUCGGCCGAGGGCGUGUGGAUGGCGUCCACGGGGCGCGUGUGCAUGGUGGCCUGCCUCGCCGGCGAUGAGAGAGCAUGCCACUACCGCGUGACCCUAUCCGUCCGGAAGACAUUCUCCAUGACUCGCCGCGGCAGCAGCAUCGGCCAGACAACCGCCAAGGAUGGGAGCCACCCUCCGCUCUCGUUUCGACAGCGCGUGAACCCCAGAGAGCAGCGCUCGCCGGAGACGCGCAUGCCGUACGUCUACACCAAGGUCGAGCAGGCUCGGGAGCUCCUUCGGUCACUGCUCAGCUACCCAAGCAUCGCCGGACCUGCCGAGGACAUGGUGAGCCUCUCGAGCCUCGCCGACGACCUCAAUCUCCGCUUCCAAUGCGUGGUGAAGCCGCCUUUUGUGCCGGAAUGGAUCGAGGAGCCGUUCUUCGAACUCCAGAUACUCUCCGUUGGCGCCCUCGUUGGAAGCUACCCCCAAUUUCAGUCGCAAUUUCUGGGCGGGUUUAGCAUGCGGAUCGAACAGCUAGGUAGAGCUAGAGUCCAUGCCGUGGAGAAGCAGCAGAUCCUGAAUGUGUCUGCAGAGUUCACGGCAUCCAGGAAGAAUUUCGUCAGUCCAAGUCCGGUGAUGUCGCUGGAGGGCGUGUACAACCCGGAGGAUGGGCGAAUGUACCUGGUCGGCUGCCGGAACGUCCAUGCCCCGUGGCGAGUCCUGUCCAAGAGACGAGACCUUGAAGACGGGAUGGACUGCUCCAUAGAGAUGACAGUGGAGUACCCGCCGACGACGACGCGGUGGCUGAUCAGCCGGGCGGCGAAAGUCUCCGUCGCCAGCACGAGGGGCGAGGACGACCCGCUGCACUUCAACAGGACGGAGCUCCGCACGCUGCCCGUCGCAUACCGCCACCAGCGGCGGAGCGACCUGACCGAGCCCUUGGUGGAGGGGCUGCUCUGCGUCACCAUGCUGUCGGCCACCGUCGCCGCCACCGCCGGCUAG